UAUGAAUAUUUUUAUUAUUAUUUUAUCAUCUUUGGCAUUUCUUUCUGAAAUUCAUGCCGUCACUAUUGGUGAUGGUUGCGUUACAGAUACUCAAUGCACAAGGGGCUCUGAUGGUAUACAGAACUCAGAGUGUAAAAAAGAAGAUUCCAUCUGUCAUCAGGGAAGCUGCCAAUGCAAAUCCUAUCAUUUUUAUAGAAAUUCAAACUGCAAACCAUAUAAAAAAUAUGGUGAAGACUGUAAUGCCAAUGACCUAUGUUUCCAAAAAAAUGGUGAUCCGCUUAGAAUGAGAUGCGAUAACGGAAAAUGCAGAUGUAGUGAUGAAACAAAAUUUGAAAAAGAUACCGAUUACAUUUGUAAACCAAAGAGCCCUAAACAACCGGAAGAGUCCUGUCAGAACACAGAUUUCUGCAUUGGACUUUCCACAUGUACGGGUGGCAAAUGCAAGUGUAAUAGCCGUUAUAUGUGGGAUUCAAAUAGGAGGCAAUGUCGAUUCGCUGAGAAAGAUGAAGACUGCAAAAAUCAAAUAGAAUGUGCAGCCAGUUUGGGCUUGGAAUGUUCAAGCAAUGAUAAAUGUAUUUGUAAAAACCAAAUGACUUGGACAACCGUCAAUAGGAUUAUUGAUAAUAAAAUAGAGAAGAAAGGAAUAUGUAAACAUGAAAAAGCGUUCACAGAUCCUACAUACUCUACUUGUGACGAAGAACUUGCGGACGAUAAAAAAAUAUUUUGUGGAGUCAGUGAUGUAUGCCAUCUCUGUGUGGAAUCAAAGAAAAAAAUGUGUUUUCCAACAUCCAAACCAAGGAACAAUAAUGGUGCGGCAGGCGUUGUUUCUUCAACAGCUCAAUUAAUCCUCUUUGGUGUAGCCCUACUCUAUUGA